AUGGAGCUUCUUUUGGAACGCAUAAAAUACUUCAGAUACCUCUACGACAAAAAUGAGCCGAACUUUAAGGAUACACAGAUGAAAGAAGCCAGGUGGGAAAUGAUCGGCAAGGAAUUUGGAAUGUCCAGAGCAACAUGUGAAAAGAAGUGGCGCAACGCACGAGAUCACCGUUUGAAGAUAAGGAACAAGCUAGCAUCUGCAUCGCAUAGUGGCAUGGCGGCAGGUACAACGGGAGUUCAAGUAUCAGCACCUCUGCUGAUGAUUAUGAACCUUCUAGUCAUGCACACGAGGAGCACUGCAAUCAGGGGAUGCACGCCAGUGGUCAGUCCAUAUCAGCCAGCGGACAAAAGCGAAGGAGAACUGCUGCACAUGCACAAAGGUAACACAUACUACGAUAACACACUCAGAAUGAUGAAAGAGAAGGCAUCUGGCGACACGGAUAUGGAUGACACAAUUCAGAAGACGCUGGAUGUCUGUGCAACGAAGUUGGAUAGUCUGCACCAGAAACGGGACGCCAUUUGCAUGAGCCACGGGAUAUCCAUUGGUUGGAGGCUCAAGGAGCUGCCUCAGCAUCUGCGAACUGAAGUGCUGCACAAAAUAGCAGAAAUGUCGUUGUAUUCAUCAAAUGUAGGCGAUUAA